AUGGCGCAAUCAUCAAUCGAAGGUCAACCAUUAACCGCGCUAUCCCUAACACAUGUAGAAUUCAACCCAUCCGAUAAAAUCGCAUACACAUUCGCCUACAUCACAUUAGCACCGAUAUUCAUCGUUGUGUCCUACGUGACCACAAUUUUGGCGAGACGUGAGGUAGCAACGAUUAAUAUGUUUAUUGGGCAGAUUGUUUGUGAGGCACUGAAUGCCGUGUUAAAGUCUGUGAUGAAGGAGAAGAGACCUACUGACAAAUUAGGUAAGGGGUAUGGUAUGCCGUCUAGUCACGCGCAAUUUAUCGGAUUCUUUGCCACGUUUUCUGUAAUUUAUUUAUAUCGAAGAAUUAGAUUCCAACAGAAUGCUUGGAAGCAUCCUAUAGCAUUGGGGUUACUAGGAUUCGCGGGUGCCGUUUCCUACUCCAGAAUAUACCUAAACUACCACACCCCAAACCAAGUACUCGUCGGCAUUACAUUCGGCACUUCAUUCGCCACCGCGUGGUACUUUUUCAUAGAACACAUACUUCGACCACGACAAAUAUUCGAGAUAAUUGUUGAUUCACCGAUCGCAACGUUUUUUUAUUUGCGAGAUUCGGCAAAUGUACAAGAUGUUGUACAGUUUGAGUAUUUGAAUUGGGUUGCGUUAAAGAAAUCAGGUGAAAAGGAUGGAAUGAAGAGUGAUUGA